AUGUCCUCUCCCAACUCCGCGACGCCGCAACGGCGCCGUCGUGAAGAUGACGAUUCUUCCGAUGGCGGCGCAUCGAGCAGGAAGCGUCAGCGGACGGACGACGGCGAAGAGGAAGAGGAGGACGAUGAGGAUGACUCUCCGCCUCAGGAGCGUCCGGUGCUUCCCGACAACUAUCGUCGCUCCCCCAAGGGCAAAGGCCGCGCGCGGGCCAGCACGUCCCAAGAAAAGCCCCAGGAACACCAACCGGGGUCCAUCGUCCGCGUCAAGCUGACGAACUUCGUGACUUACACCAAGGCUGAAUUCCAUCCUGGUCCAAACUUGAACAUGGUCAUUGGUCCCAACGGUACCGGCAAGAGCACGCUGGUAUGCGCAAUCUGCCUUGGGCUUGGGUGGCCUCCAAUUCAUCUCGGACGAGCAAAGGAUAUAAACGAGUUCGUCAAGCACGGUGCCAAGCGAGCCAUGAUUGAAAUUGAGUUGAAAGCCGAUCCGAAGCGUCACACCCACAACCCAGUCAUCACGACAAUCAUUCCCAGGGACGGCGGCAAAUCAGCAGAGUCCAAAACACAAUUUCUCAUUGACGGCAAGAAAAGUACCAAGAAGGCUGUUACAGACCUGGCCCGGAGCUUCUCCAUCCAGGUCGACAAUCUAUGUCAAUUCCUCCCCCAGGACCGCGUGGUUGAGUUUGCGGCUUUGAGCUCAGUGGCCUUGCUCGUAGAGACGCAGAGGGCGGCAGCUCCGGAACAGAUGACCAUUUGGCAUGAAGAGUUGAAAGCGAUGCGCAAGCAGGAGAAAGAGAAGCAGGCCGAGCAGCAGGGUGGCAUGGAGCAGCUGAAGAAUUUGGAGGACCGUCAAAAGGCUCAAGAAGUCGACGUGGAACGCAUGCGUAAACGCACAGACUUGCUACAGAAGCUGGCCAACCUCAAGACGAUGAAGCCCUUUUGCGAAUACUUUGACGCAAAGAACACGCAUAGGGCGGCCAAGGAUCGCAUGAAAGCCGCUCAGAAGGAACUACGAAUGCUCGAACGCAGCAUGGCACCGCAACUACAAGCGCUACGUGCGAAGCAGGAGUAUCAAACUCAGGUGGACAAGCAAGUCGCCCAACAGAAGAAAUUGCUGGAGCGCGUUGAGAAGGGAGCCGAGAACAAUCUAAAGAAGAUCAAUGAGACCCAAGCCAAGGUCGAAGGCUGCGACAAGGAGAUCAAGGCAGAGAGGGACGGUGGCGCAAAGGCCAAAUCUGAUGUGGGCAAGCACAAGUUGGAGAUUAGGAAACUCGAAACUCUCAUGCUGGAUCCACCCCCAGAAUUCGACCCUGUCACCAUAAAUGCCGGUAUCAGGGAGAAGAGGCAGCAGAGAGACGGCGCAAGAGAGUCGGCUGCAGAGAUUUCAAUCUCUCUCGAGACCCUCCAUGAGCAAGGAAGGCAACGCAAGCGAAUGAUCGAUGAUCAGCAGCAGGUCCAAGAAAGCCUGCAAUCGCAAGCAGGUCGUCAGACCAACAAGCUUGAGAUGGUCUCCAAAGAUAUGGCAAAGGCCUGGGAAUGGAUUCAGGCUAACCGAGCAAGCUUUGACAGCCCGGUGUAUGGGCCCCCGAUGAUUGAGUGCUCUUUGAAAGACGCUAGCUACGCGAACGCUGUCGAGGCGGUGAUCGGCCCUAGCGAGCUGAAGGCGAUCACAGUCACAUCCGAUCACGACUACAAAAUGCUGAACAAUCAACUGAGCAAAGUCAUGGGACUCUCACAGAAAUACAUCCGCGCUGUCCACAAGCCGCUGUCAUACUUCGCUCCUGCGUUUUCUAAAGAUGAGCUGGAGCGCCUUGGAUUUGAAUCGCUCGUGCUGGAUUUGAUCGAUGGGCCAGAAGAUGUUCUGGCCAUGUUGUGUGACAACAGAAACAUCCACCAGGCGGUCUAUACCAGCCGCGACAUCCCAAACAGUCAAUUCGACGCGCUCGAGAACAGUGCCGUAGGCACCGCGGUAUCAUCCAGACAAAUGUUCACCAUCACUCGUCGGCGCGAGUACGGUGCAGAUGGCAUCAGUUCACGGGCAAACAACUUGAAAGCGGCGCAACUCCUCACUGAUCAGCCGGUGGAUGUUGAGGCAGAGCGGGCUGUCAGACGGCGCAAGGAUGACCUUCAGCGCGAACUGGACCAAAUCAAAGAAGAGAUCAAAGGUGAGCAUGCUCGCCGAGCCAAGUUGAAAGAGGACCAGGCAAGAUAUGAGCAAGAGCUUCAGGCGCUCGAGAAGGACAAGAGCGAUAGGCAGACUCAAAACACACAGUUCAAUGGUCUCGGCACGAAGCUGGAAAACAUAAAACUGAAGCUCCAGGCCGUUCAAAACGACGAUGCCAGCAGAAGCGAAAGGAUAGCCGAGAUCGUCGGGCGCGCGGACAAGUUCUCGCAGGAGAUGGGACAGCAAGCUCUCGACUAUGCCAAGGCGGUAGAGCAGCUCCAAGAUCUUUGUAAGAAUGUCAUUGAUGCGGAGAUUAUGUCAAUCGAGGCGCGGUCGGACGCAGAGCAGCUUGCACUCCAGCACAAAGACGACGAAGAGGCCCUUGAAGCACGGCGGCGAGAAGUACGACAAUUGGAAGAGCAUGUGGCCAAGCUUUUGGAACGAGGAAGAAAGCUGCAAGACGAAUGUCAGAAGAUCCGCGAUACAUUCUCUCCCGAAGAAUUUGAUUUUCUGGAAAGUGUCUCUACAUGGCUACCUCCACAGCUGAACACUGAGAUUCUGGCCGCAGAGGCGGAGCUCGAAUCGCUCCACGGCGGCAAUGAACACAUUGUUCGAGAGUUCGAGCAGCGCGCCAGAAAGAUUCAGGAAAAACGAGCUUCCCUCGAGGGCCUGGAGUCGUCUCUGGCAGAUCUCACCCAGAGAAUUACCGAGACCAGAAACAAGUGGGAACCGAAGCUUGAUCGACUUGUGGCUGAGAUAUCAGAAGCCUUUGCAGAGAACUUCUCCCAAAUUCAGUGUGCUGGAGAAGUCGGCGUUGAUAAGCACGAGGAUUUCGAGCAGUGGAAGAUUCAGAUCAAGGUCAAAUUCAGGGAGAGCGAACAGCUCAGCGUCCUCGACUCACAUCGCCAGUCGGGUGGCGAGCGAGCCGUAUCUACCAUUUUCUAUCUUCUUGCGCUGCAAAGUCUUGCUCGAGCACCAUUCAGGGUUGUCGAUGAGAUCAACCAAGGCAUGGACCCUCGGAAUGAGAGACUCGUCCAUUCUCGCAUGGUAGAUAUUGCCURUGCUGAGCAUACCAGCCAGUACUUUCUGAUCACGCCCAAGCUACUCAGCAACUUGAAGUAUCACCCCCAUAUGAAAGUCCACUGCAUCGCUUCCGGCGAGCACAUGCCAGAAGAUCACAGCCAGCUGGACUUUGGGAAAUUGGCUGCCGAUGCUUUGACGAUCAAGGCGUCGUCGUGA